AAUAUAUAGCCCCCCGCCUGGUGCUGUGCUAUGCUGUGCAGUGUGUGUGUGUGAUUGACCUGGAGUGAGAGCCAAGCUAUGGGAUGAUAAAUUGAGUUGGCAGCUCAGUGGCUUUUGUGGUCUCUCUCCAGCUGGUUUCCGCUUCUCCCCUGUCUCCUGGCCUGGAGGUAUUAGAGGGGGCAGGAAGGGGUGAGUUUCACUGGGCUUCUGCACAGAAAAGUGUUUCUCUCUUUGCUUCGGAGAAAGUUUCCCCAGUGGAGGGGAAGCCACAGCAUCACCUGUUCCCUCAGCCCAGCAUCUGCUUCAUGCCCCUGAUGUCCAGUUGCCUCCAAGGAACAGGCUCCAGACAGCAAAAGAAAGGGAAGCAGGUCCAGCUGGUUUUGACAGGUGUUCAUCUCGGUGGGGCCACAUUGACCAUGCUUAGAAGUUUCUGUCUUCAGCUCAUGUCCUUGGUUUGGAUCCUCUUGGCCCAUCACCAUCUUGCCCAAGGUGAUGACUGCAGUGAGCACUGUAACUUGGCCCACGGCUGCUGUGACCAGGACGGCAAGUGCAGGUGCGAUCCAGGCUGGGAAGGAGAGUACUGCGAGGAGUGUGUGCGGAUGCCGGGCUGUCUCCAUGGUACAUGCCAUCAGCCUUGGCAAUGCAUCUGUCACAAUAGCUGGGCUGGCAAGUUCUGUGACAAAGACGUACACAUCUGUGAACAUGAGCUCCCCUGCCAGAACGGGGCCGAGUGCGUCUAUGACGGGGACGGGGAGUAUUCCUGCCUGUGUCCUGAGGGCUUCCAUGGGAAGGACUGUGAGCGGAAGACAGGGCCAUGUGAGAAGGCAGGGUUUCCAUGCAGGAAUGGUGGCCAGUGCCAGGACGAGAACGGCUUUGCUAGGAACUUCACCUGCAAGUGCCUGGCCGGCUUUAUUGGUGCCCUCUGUGAGAAUGAUGUAGAUGACUGCCUGAUGCGUCCCUGUGCCAACGGUGCCACCUGCCAUGAUGGCUUGAACCGCUUUUCCUGCCAGUGCCAGGUGGGCUUCGAAGGCCGUUUCUGCACCAUCAACAUUGACGACUGUGCCAGCCGCCCAUGCAAAAAUGGGGCAAAGUGUUAUGAUCGCAUCAAUGAUUUUGACUGCUUGUGUCCUGACGGUUUUACUGGCAAAACGUGUGAGGUCUCCACUCCGGAACCGACCUGGGUCACCUUCUACCUGCCUGCUAACAGGGAGAACAAUGGUGCUGUGAAAAGCACAACCAGCGAGCAUCUCUGGGUCACGCAGCCCGAGCCAGUCAGGACUGUGGUUACUGGGAGGCGGGUUGCCAACCACAGCGAGAGAGCCAGUGGGGGAGGGCUGUUGAAAAUUUCUGUGAAAGAGGUGGUGACCCAGCGGGACGCAGGGUUGAGUAAGUCCCAGCUGGUGACCGUGCUGGUGUUUGGGAUACUCACAGCUGCGCUGGUCCUGGUGACCAUACUGUUAAUGCUGCGGAACCGGCAGAGAGGGCGUCAGAGGUCAAACUGGUACCAAAGCCCCUCACAGGCUGCAAGGAAGCUCCAGGAACAAGAAUGUCAAGUGGGCAUGUUAAAUACAGUCAUGGUAGAACCCAGGAAGACAACAGAGCUGUGAGGACUCUGGCACUCUUAGAGUGGGGCCCUGCCAGGCAGUCAUGCCAAUGAACCCUUCAAACUACGCCCUGGGAGUCAUUCUGGUUGGGUAUCUCCAAAGUACUAAAGGUCUUUGGAAUAACCUGGUCUGUGAAUCAGUGGGGAGGGGGUUUCCACAAGGCAGCGAAUUCGUAUUUGAAAACAGAACUCUCGAACAGGGUGUGACCAGCCUGUCCUGGAUCUAAUCCAUCUCCAUCAACCAGGCGCACCUAGGAGUCCGGAGCAAGGGCUGCGUCCAAACAGCCCACUACUGGAAACAGCAGCACACUGACUUUGUCAGCUAGCACCAGAAGACAUUGGUACCAUCUUAUACUAAACCACGCUAGAAAUGAGACUGAUCAUGGCAGAGCAGAAGAGGGGCAUGACCCUCUGAGAAACUCAAAUUCUGCCAGGCCCCUGGAUGCUUGGUAAUUCCUAGUGCUGACACUAGUGCCAUCUUUGGCCUACUGUUCACAAUGGGGCUAGGGCUUCUGGAGCUGUUGGGCUCUGUGUCUGCCCUUCUGUAGUGCUGUGGGGCUCCCAGCUCUUUCUGGUGGCCAUAGUUUGUCUGUUCCAACUGCACAGUCCAAAGGAGUGAGCAAACGGGCUCCCUCCAUAGCCUUGAGGUGCUGUGAGCUGGUUGGGAGAGACUCCAGAGGUGGCUUGAGAGCCCAUUUUGCCCUGAUACCAUGUCCCUUCUUGUGAGAGUGUUUUGUACCUUGCUGCUGCUGAUCCAUCUGUCUUUUCCCCCUUUACCAAACUGGUUUGUGUGUCUUCUACUAGUAAUGCACAAAGCUCCUUCCGCACCCCAACACAUGCUUCUGCUUCCCCACUCGCUGAGGGGGAGAGCCAGAUGUGUUAAAAACACAGCCAUCUCCCCUCCAGUGUUCUGGAGGACUGGGCUGGUCCCUACCACAUGCCCCUGCAGGUGGAAUUGAAUUUGGAGGAGGCUGGAAGUAAGCUCUGGUUGGUUCAGAAGUAGUCCAGCUCCCAGUUCCUGACUGCCUCUCCCAGGCACAGAGCUGGGAGUAAGCUAAAACCAGCCAUUGUAGCACCUUUCAAUACAAAGUGAGGGCGAGGCUCUCUCUACAGGAUGCAGGGGCAGAUUAAAGUUUUGGAUUGCCCUGAGGAACAGAAAGGUAGCCCUACCUGCUCAGCAGCCAUUGGUGCACCUUUCAGUAGGAAGCACACCUGUCCUGAUCCCUAAAACACAGCAGAGGGAAUGGGACAUUUAACUACAGAUCUAGGUAAUCUCCUGGCUGGUCCAGUCCAAUCACCGUUGACAGAUCAUUCACCCCCUCCCUGCCAAGGACAGCAUAGGGCUAGACACCAUGCCUCAAACAAGGGUGGGAGAGUUUCCCUGUUUCUCACCACUGCCCCACAGCCUUGCUAUGUCGUAUUCAGGCAGGGUCCACAGAGGCCAUGCCACAGCCAAAGUAAAGGAGCUAGAGCCCCCGGUGGAAGGGCGCGCUCCUGCGUGGGAAUGAGGCAGAGCAGGCAAAGGGGCUAGAGGGAGAGGAGAUUAGGGCUUUACAAGGAAGAUUAUUUUUUUUAAUACACUGAUGGAUGAUGUAACUUUAUCAAAUAAAAUACCAGAACCAGCA